GAAAUAAUUAAUUAAUUAGUAGGAGAAAGAAAAGAAAUGGGGAGGACAGCAUGCUGUGAAAAAAUGGGGCUGAAGAAAGGGCCAUGGACUCCUGAAGAAGACGAAAAGCUAUUGGCUUACAUUCAUGAACAUGGCCAUGGCAGCUGGCGUGCACUUCCUUCUAAAGCUGGGCUCCGAAGAUGUGGGAAAAGCUGCAGAUUAAGGUGGGCAAAUUACUUGAGACCUGAUAUCAAGAGAGGCAAAUUCAGCUUACAAGAAGAGGAGACCAUUAUCCAACUUCAUGCCCUUCUUGGUAACAGGUGGUCGGCCAUAGCAACUCACUUGCCAAAGAGGACAGAUAACGAGAUAAAGAACUAUUGGAACACUCAUUUGAAGAAGAAACUCACUAAAAUGGGAAUUGAUCCAAUCACACAUAAGCCGAAGAAUCUAGUAGCUGUCGAUUGCGGCCAAUCGAAAGAGAUCGCCAACAUUAGCCACAUGGCGCAAUGGGAGAGCGCUCGUCUCGAAGCCGAGGCUAGGCUCGUUCUCCGUGGCGCCCCCAACCCUUUCCACUCCGAUCUCUCAUUCGUCAACAAGGCCUCCGCCGCCGCUCCGCCACUGCCGCCGCGGCCGAGGCCGCCGUGUUUGGACAUACUCAAAGUGUGGGCGUGGACUAACCCCGACAAAGACAUCUCAACCAUGAUACUCAACGGUUACUCCCCCUCAAGCUGGAGCAUAAUUAAUCAGCCUACCCAAAAUACCCCUACAUCAAACUUCUCCGAAAAUACGGUCCAAAUCCAGGAUGUGGGAUUAUUCAACGGUGAUUCAUCGAUCAAUGCAAUACCUAAUGUCAAGGGUAUAAUGGGGAAUUCAAUGGAACUCCAUUACACAACCACCACUAUGAACCCUACUAGUGAUGAUUAUACCACUAGUAGUUACACCAAUGGUGAUUCAUUUUUAGGGUUUCCGAGUUUCGUGGAAGGGUUUGUGGAUGUUCCUUCUAGCGCGGUACAAAACGGAUAUUCCGAUGGUAAUGAUAAUAAUAGUAAUAAUGUGGUCGUCGGAGGAGGUUGGGGAGUUCUUGACGAGAGCAAUGUUAAUUGUUGGAACAACGUUCUUGAUUUCCCGACUUGUUCGCCGCCGAUGGGUUCGUCUGUGUUGUUGUAAUGAAAAUCUAGCACUAAAUUCAACGUGCUUGUGCUUGUAAGAAAUAAUGUGUCAAAUGUUUGUUGAUAACUUUGGGUGAUUAAUUAAUUAUAAUUAUAAUUAUAAUGUUUAGAGU